CAAUCCGUCGCUUUUGACGCAUCGCAUCAUUUUCAAGGCGGGUUUUGCCACAUAUAUAAAGGGCGAGCUUUCCUCUCCGUCCCCCCCAACCUCCAACUUUUGCAUUCUUCACUCACACUCGUGCUGAUUAUCACCAUCCCCUUCUGACGAAUAAUCGCAAAACAUGGCUCCUCUUAAUCCGACUUCAACAACUCCUACGCCCGCGGCUCCCAAACACAUUGACAGACCGCGUCUUUACACUGACACGUACUACCGCUUCACGUACGUCUCGGAAUUUGCAAACUUUAACGAAACCGAUAUCGCUGCUCUCAAGGCAGCCGCUCCCCUUGUCGCUCCUCUUGUCCCAACGAUUGUGGAUAAGGUUUACGAGCGUCUCUUUUCGUUUGACAUUACCAAGGGCGUCUUUUUGCAGCGGAAUCAGGGGUUUGAGGGUCAGCUCGCCAGCGACUUGGAUCAUCUUGUCUUGGAUUCGGAGCAAAUCAAAUUCAGAAAAGACUUUUUGGGAAAAUAUCUCGUAAAACUGGUGACUGGGUCGUACGACAAGGCUUUCGUGACGUACUUGGAUUGGGUGGGCAAGAUUCAUACUGAUACGCCGUCGAAAAAGUCAAAAAUCAACGUUGAAUACAUUCACGUCAAUGCUCUGUUUGCCUGGCUACAUGGGUUCUUGAUCGAGACCCUGGAUGCACACCCGGCCUUGCAGGCAGAUCCGGAGGGAAGGGCAAAGACGUUGGCAGCAUUAUCAAAGCUGUUGUGGAUUCAAAACGACUUGUUUGCAAGAUAUUAUGUACGAGAUGGGGCGGAAUUCACGCAUGGUACUGUAGCGCGUCGGGGCCUUUCGUUGAUUGACAACAAGGUAGUGGGAUGGCUGGUUGGCUUCGCUGCUGCGGCCGCUGCCGUUGGGUAUGCAGUUGGAAAAUCAAAUCUUUUAGGAUGAACUGUCGGGAUCGGGUUUUUGUUUGGUUUGCCGUUCUAGAUGAAAUGCAUUUUUAUAUGAAGGUAGAUAUUGCUACAACCGCGCUAUUAAAUACAUGAAAAUCUACACAUUUGUGUUCUGCCUGUCUAUAUCAACGGUGCUAUCUCCGAAUCGAUCUGUUUGGGCCAAUCCA